AUGACCAGCCUGUCGUUGGUACUGCUGUUUGCUGUUGCCCACGCUCUCGUGUGCCAGGCGUCACCGGCCUACGAGAUUCUGGAAGCCGAUGACGAGGAGGGUCUGAGUGAGGCUCUGAAAUGGGAAGGACCAGAAGCGAAGGAGGCGGUGCAAGACCAGGGGGAUGAGGAGGAGGAGGAGGAGGAGGAGAAGAGAUCAAGUGAAUUGAAGGCAGAUGGUGAGGAGCUGGAGGCUGGGUUGGUUGAAGGGACUUUGGCUCCUGCGCGCAGUAGACGCGGCAUAUUAUGCGUUCGGGUUUGUUCUCGCGGAGUUUGCAGAGUUGCCUGUAGACGUGUUUAACCGCAUCCACACUUAAAAUAAAUUGCCUAGUUAGAUAAAUGAGACAUUUGUUCUUGCUGCGUGCGAAGAUGCUCGGGCAGUUCGGAGGGGCUCCAAUUAGUUUUGUUUCGGUUGAACUAAUCAUCAAACGUAAGGAGAUGGAGCAUGCCACCUUUAACUCUUCCAGCGUGUGAACUGCAGCAAAAUCAUAAACUUGCCCUUUUCACCGACCAGUUCACUUGAUUACGGUCCACAGCCACCUGUAAAACGAAACCGGUGUUAAGAGGGAUAUUUUUAGAUGGGGGCUUGGAUUGAAAAUUAGACGAGGUCAAGUAGUUGCUUCCAAAAGAAAGCUAUAUGGCCUGUAUCGUUGCACUUUGAAUGGUUGAGAAAUAGCUGCAGUAACCCCUAGCACCUUAACCCAACCCCUAACCCCAACCCCAACAUUAUUGUGUCAGUCGUGUGUUGCUACAUAACCAUAUCUUACCUCCCACUUACACAGGGACAAAGAAGGCAAGCAGCGGGCAUUCAAAAAGACUCUUUCGACACUUUCUUUUAUCUUUUAUGAGCCAGUGUUCUUGUGAUCAUUAGGUUUAAAGGCUUCUUCUGCGCCGCCUUUCGCAUCAGACCUGGGUACUACACUACUUAUAUAACCACGCUCAAAUAUUAAGUUCUGUGAUUGACCGAUGUCAUGCAAUGUUGGCCGAAAUUCUGAAAUGCGAUUUCGAUUAUAAAGGAUCACUUUGCUGGGGUUGUAAUACUGAUCAUCAUGCGGUAAACUCCUAUAGUAUUUCAGACUCACUAGAAUGUCGGCUUUUGACUGAACUUCUUUUCGCUCCCCCUGUCGAAACCACACUCGAUAAAAUCUGACUGCUUAUGUAGCAUGUGUUUUCACAUUGAUUUUCGGUGUUCUUGUAAAUUCAAAUAUAUUUUAUAAAAUCAAUGCACAAUGCAUGCUUUUUUACUCAUUUGGUGGGAAAUUACAUCGUCUUUACGUUUUAUACUCUAAGAAAAGUCAUCUCGCUUUUUUUUAAAAAAAAGGUUUCUAAUUAUGAGAUUUCUAAGUCUGCGCGAUCUCAUUUGCUACAGCAUUUGCCAAUGCUCCUCAUGAAAUGUACAACAUAGUCCCCUUCCAUCGGAAAAUUUCAUGAACUAUAUACGGUACCUUUUUAAAGGCAUGGAAGAAUAUAUGAUUUUCCUCACGCGGAAGGCACACUCUUUGUAGACUGAAAUUGAUAAACGCUAAUGCAAUGGUUGGUUGGGCUCAAAUGUAUUCCGAAAUUGGGAAUCUUUUCGAAACCGCAGCAUAAAUCUAUAAUGACCCAGUAACCUCAGGGUGUCGGCUCUUGAAAGAACUUUUUUCGGUUGCAUGCAAGAUCUAUACGCCGCAAACAAUGACUACUUAACUAGCAUGCAAUUUUCUCAUUGAUUUUCGAUGCCCCUUAAAAUUCAAUUAUAUUUCAUGGAAAACAUGCAUAAACUAUUCACUCUUUUACAUAUUCGGUUGAAAAUCACGUCUUCUUCCUAUUUCGUACUCAAAAGAAAAGUAUAUUCGGUAUUAAAAAGUUUCUAAUUGUGAGAUUUUUUAAUACCGUUAAAUGGCCGUUCAUGAAACGUCAUGUAUCUGCAUUUACGAAUGUGGCUUGUAAAGGUAACAAUAUUGCUCAAAUCCACUGCUUAAUUUUAUGAACCUCAUAUGGUCUCCUCUUAACACCGUAGAGCAAUGCGUGGUUUUCCGUACACGGAAAAUAUACAGCUUGUAGUUUGAAACCCUAAAUGCAAGUGUAACAGCAUGUCGGGUUCAAAAUUAUUUGAGAAGUAGAAAAGAUUUUCAAAACCGAAUUAUACUCUUCUUUCACCUACCACUCAGUUAAAUCCGAAAUAACCAACCUUCCUUAUUGAGUGAGGACGUAGUAGACUGUGCGCGGAGCAGGUCUAUGUGACAAGCGCAGACAAGUUGUUUACAUUUUUAACCCACUACGCUCUCUCCCGUGCCCGGUAUUCCUGUGUCUAUCUUGACAUUAAGGACAGGAGUGUGAGGUCCAGAGGGUGGGCUUUGUGAUGCGCAAGUAUACUACCAAUAUAAUUUCACUCAAUUGGAUAACACCGUGAUUGCUCUCACUUUUCUGUGGUGCACCUAUGUGCAGUCUACAAGUUAAUUGCUAUAAAACAUCCUGCUCCCUCUCUCUGCCUCCCAGUUGAUCUCACACUCCAAACAUACUUCUCAUUGUGGCGAUCUCUGUGGCCGAUCUGAUAUUGCUUCAAGGUCAUUCGAUGCAUCACUAAACUUGUCUCCAAAUGCCUCUUCUUCUCCUCCUCCUCCUCCUCCUCCUCCAAUAAUAUGGCAUCCAGAUUCAGCCUGCAACAGAUGAACGCUAACGAUCGCCGCCGCAUGGAUUUCUUUACGUUCAUCUACAAAAUCACACGGAGUAAUUCCACUCUCCUUCGUCUUCUUUGCUAA